UUUGCCAGGUGAUCCCGUUUUCCCGCAGAGAUGUCUCUGAACCAGAUGCAAAUCAAGCAGGAGCUGCAGCUCCCCCCCGGGCUGGGUAAAACCACCCCAAAACAGAGCCCGGAGCACCCCCAAAUCCCGGGAAAGGCGAUCCCAGAGCCGGGAAAAGGGGAAGCUGCCGUGCCCCAGGAGCAGCAAACCCAAUUCCCUCCGCGCCUGGAAGAGAAAUCCUGCCCGGACCCGACGCUGGAGAAGAAGGAGGCCAAGGAGAUCCCGGUUCCCGUUCCCGUUCCCUGCUCCGAGCCUGCAGCCUGCGCCCAGGAGAAGCAGCAGUGCCAGGAAAUCCCGGUGUCCAUCCCGGAAAAACAGCAGUGCCAGGAAAUCCCGGUGUCCAUCCCGGAAAAACAGCAGUGCCAGGAAAUCCCGGUGUCCAUCCCUGAUCCACACCCUGACCCUGUCCCGUGUGCCCAGGAGAAGCAGCAGUGCCAGGAAAUCCCAGUUGCCAUCCCUGAUCCUGCCCAAAAAAAGCAGGAAUGCAAGGAAAUCCCGGUGUCCAUCCCGGAAAAGCAGGAGUGCAAGGAAAUCCCGGUGUCCAUCCCAGAAAAACAGGAGUGCAAGGAAAUCCCUGUCCCCAUCCCAGUUUCAUGCCCUGAGCCCAUUCCAUGCUCCCAGGAAAAGCAGGAAUGCAAGGAAACCCCGGUGUCCAUCCCGGAAAAACAGGAAUGCAAGGAAAUCCCGGUGUCCAUCCCGGAAAAACAGGAAUGCAAGGAAACCCCGGUGUACAUCCCGGAAAAACAGGAAUGCAAGGAAANCAUCCCGGAAAAACAGGAAUGCAAGGAAACCCCGGUGUACAUCCCGGAAAAACAGGAAUGCAAGGAAAUCCCUGUCCCCAUCCCAGUCCCGGACCCCGCCCCGUGUUCCCAGGAAAAGCAGGAAUUCCAGGAGAUCCCGGAGCAGCGCUCCCUUCCCGAGAAAUUCCCUCCCCUGCAGCAGCAGCUGCAGCAGCCCGGCCCGUGGCAGAAGUAG